AAUGGUGUUAGAGGACUGAUGUUAGACAUGUAUGACUUCUUGAACGACAUCUGGUUAUGCCAUUCCUUCGGUGGCAACUGCUACAAUUUCACUGCCUUCCAACCUGCCAAAAACGUGCUCGAAGAGAUCAAAAACUUCCUAGAAUCAAAUCCUUCAGAAGUCAUUACCAUAUUCAUCGAGGACUACGUCACUUCCCCUCAAGGCCUGACCAAAGUAUUCAAUGCUUCCGGCCUCUCCAAGUACUGGUUCCCUGUAUCAGAAAUGCCCAAGAACGGUGGAGACUGGCCUCUGCUCAGCGAUAUAAUCAGUAAGAACCAAAGGUUACUGGUCUUCACUUCCAAGAAGAAAAAGGAGGCUUCUGAAGGAAUUGCUUAUGAGUGGAACUAUGUGGUUGAAAACCAAUAUGGUGAUGACGGCAUGAAAUCAGGUUCGUGCCCUAAUAGAGCUGAGUCAUCCCCAAUGAACACGAGCUCAAAGUCCCUUGUUCUUGUAAACUACUUUCCGGAUAAUCCAAACAGUACAGCUGCUUGUGCGGAGAAUUCAGCUCCCCUUGUCAGCAUGCUUGAUACUUGUCACGCUCUUUCAGGAAACCGUUGGGCCAAUUUCAUUGCUGUAGACUUCUAUAAGGAAAGCGAUAGUGGAGGAGCACCAGAGGCAACUGAUAUUGCAAAUGGACACAUGGUUUGUGGCUGUGACAAUAUUGCUUAUUGCAUUGAAAACGCCACAUUUGGCACGUGUAAAGCUGCUCCUCCGCCGAAAGCAUCCGUAGGAGGUAAUCCUUCCUCCAAUCAAUUCCCGCAGCAUCGCUCAGAUGCCUGCUUAACUAUAAGUUCUGUAUCAAGUUUUUUCUUCAAACUUACCGUUAUUCAUUCUUUUCUCCUUAUAAUUUAGUGACGCAUGUAUAUUUUAUUUGCCAAUUUUUACCAUUUAUUUGCACUGAUGAGAACUUGCUGAAAUAAUGUAUAUUAUAGGAGCUAGGGAGUUUUCGUUCAGUAUGAGAACUUCUCUUCCCAUGCA